AUGUGUGCAGGCUCGGCGCUGCGGCAGGAGCACCGGCAGGACUACGGGCAGGAGUUCCGGCAGGAAUUGCACCAGGAGUACCGGCGCUCCCUGGAGCGGGAGCUCGGCCCCGCCGGGACCUGCCCCAGCCCUGCCGUGGCGGAGCGGCUGCGGCAGCGGCUGCAGCACGAACCGGCGCUGCUGGGGACGCUGCAGGAGGACGCCCUGGCACUGCUGGCCCGGGGGUUGCGGGACCACCCCGACCCCGGGCGGGCUCUGCAGGGCCUGGCCGGCGCCUUCCAGCUGCUGGAGCUGGCGGCUGUCAACCUCUACCUCUUCCCGUGGCGCCGGGAGUUCGGCACCAUCCAGACCUUCUCUGGCGCCUACGUGCACCUGCUGCGGCCAGCGCUCCCCGAAGCCGACCUGGUGCGGAGUUUGGGCCGACUGGGCUACGAGCAGCAGGACCGGCACCGCCUGGCUGUGGCCCGGCUGCCCCCGGGGCCUGCCCUGAUCGCUGCUGCCGUCGGCUUCCUCGCCUGCCGCCUGGAGUGUGAGAUCCUGGCGGAUCUGGUGCCGCAGCUGCGGCGGCCCCGCGCCAAGGAGCUGCUGGAGGCGCGGCAUCGGGCCGGGGGUGCCAAGGGCUGCCUGGAGAUGCUGCAGGACCUGGGGAUGCAGCGCAGGGUGGCUGCCGACUGUGGUGACAGCGUGGAUCUCUACCGGGAGACACCAGACAGCCCUGAGGACACAGGGGGCAAGGACACAGCCCCCCCAGCGCUGUGGAGGGACCCUCAGGAUGUGCCCACGAGGGGCUGGGGACGCUCUGAUUCCAUUCUUGGGCCAGGGCCUUUGGGCAGUGCUGAUCCGGACACCUCUCACCUCUUCCCGGAGCAGGAGCUGGUGGGGACCAGCAGAAACCUCCAGCUGCAGGGGGAGACCCAGGCUUCCCCCCAGGACAAGCCAGAGCUGCCCUGCUACCAGCUGCACUCGUGCCUGCGCCGGGGCAUGCUGCCCUCGUACUGCUGCAGCACCUGCCGGCAGCUGCACGCCGGCGGCUGUGCCGUGGGACGCGCCUGCCGCAGCCGGCACCGCGGCCAGGAGCUGCGCGGGGAGCGGCAGCAGCGGCUCUGGCUGCAGCGCACGGAGCUGGACAUGCUGCUGGCCGAGGGCUCUGCGCCCCGCUCCUGA